AUGUGGUCCAGCCUUCUCCUUCUGGGAGGCGUCUCUUUGAGCAUAGCCAACCCAAUUGUUCGACAAGAUGCCAACCCUCCCUACAGAAACAAGACUCUAUGUCUCGACAAGCGUGUUGAUGACCUCAUGUCACGCAUGUCCCUUGAGGACAAGGCAGGCCAGAUGUUCCACGGCCGUACCGUGGUGGUCAACAAUACCUUUGAUGAGACCAUUGAGGAGUUCGUCACUGGCAAGCGUAUCACUCAUUACGUCCUGAGCGGCGGUGUGAAUGAUGUUCGUGGUGUUGCCAACUGGUAUAACAAGCUCCAGAGACUCGCCCUGAGCACGCCCCUGGGCAUCCCCAUCACAAUAAGCAGUGAUCCACAACACGGGUGGACAGACGAGAAUGCAGUCAGCGUUGUAGCACAGGGUUUCUCUCGAUGGACUGAGCCUCUUGGUCUCGCUGCGCUGCGAUCCCCUGAGCUGGUCCGCCAGUUUGCUGAGAUCGCACGCGAGGAGUACGUCGCUGUCGGUAUUCGACAAGCACUGCAUCCUCAAGUCGAUCUAGCUACUGAGCCACGCUGGGGGCGUAUAACCGGGACCAUGGGAGAAGAUGCCAACCUCACCAGUGCCUUGAUGGUCGAGUAUAUCAAGGGUCUUCAGGGUGGCAAGAUCGGUCCCAACUCGGUAAUUGCGACCACUAAGCAUUUCCCUGGCGGUGGUCCAAUGGAGGACGGAGAGGACUCUCACUUUCCCUGGGGCAAGAACCAGACUUACCCUGGCAACAACCAAGACUACCACUUGAUCCCCUUCAAGGCCGCCAUCGCAGCUGGUACCCGUCAAAUGAUGCCCUACUAUUCUCGUCCCAUCAAUACUUCGUGGGAAGAAGUUGCCUUUGGCUUCAACAAAGGUGUAGUCAACGAUCUCCUCAAGAAAGAGCUUGGCUUCGAUGGUAUCGUUGUAACAGACUGGGGUAUCGUCACCACCCGAGCCUGGGGUCUGGAAGACCAAACUGAGCUCGAGCGCGCUCGCCGCGUUCUUGAAGCUGGAUGCGAUAUCUUUGGUGGCGAGACAAAGCCCGAGCUUAUUAUUGAACUCGUCAACAAGGGUCUCAUUUCAGAGGCCCGUAUUGAUGAGUCUGUUCGCAAGCUUAUGAAGGAGAAGUUUGAGCUGGGUCUUUUCGACAACCCCUUCGUUGAUGUUGACAAGGCUGAGCGUAUUGCUGGAAACGACUACUUCAGCCGUCUUGGAAACGAGACACAGCGCCGCGCCUUCACGCUUCUCACCAACAAGGAUCAUGUCCUCCCUCUUCCUCUGUCCGCCCUUGAUGCCAAGUUCUACAUCGAGGGAAUUGAACCCGAAGUCAUGGAAGCUCGCAACCUCAGCGUCGUCGAGAACCCCGAGGACGCAGACUACGCAUUCCUCCGCCUCGCCUCACCCUUCAAGCCCACCACAGCCCCUGGUCUUCCCGCCAUGAUCAACAACGGCAGUCUCGAGUUCAACACGACCGAAAAGGCUCGCCAAGCCAAGAUCUACGCGACUCUCCCAACCGUCGUGGACAUCAGACUCAACCGACCCGCCGCAGUACCUGAAGUAGCUGAGCAGGCUGUUGCGCUGUUCGGUAGCUACGGUAGCAGCCACGAUGCAUUCUUGGAUGUUGUUUUUGGAACAGAUGGUUGGGGCCCUGAGGGAAGGUUGCCUUUUGAUCUGCCUUUGUCUCAGGAGGCUGCUGAUGCGCAGAAGGAGGAUGUGCCUUUUGAUGUGGAGGCUUUGUUCAAGUUUGGACAUGGAUUGAGGUAUAAGGAUACGUGUGACAGUUCUUAG